AUGCCCCAGGGCAUCUACAAGCCCAUUGCCCUGCUGGGCUACACAUCGCCCGUCAUCACCGCCCUCGUGCCUCAGGUGCGCACCAACGUCCACCCCCACCCCCAUCCCCACAAAGCCCGACCUUCUCACAUGGCCACUGCACCACUCACACCACCAAAACAAGACCUUCGUUCGCGUCACUUCCGCGUGGAGGUGGAGACUGUGUUGCUGGUUCCCUCGGGAACAGGAGCGACGAGCGUAGCCGGUAUGCUGAAGGUGAGCGUGGCUGGGGCCUCUCAGAACAUUCCGUGCCAGCUCCACGCGGGCGAGAAUCGGGUGCGCGCGACGAUCUUGGUGUCCAACGUGGACCUGUGGUGGCCCGUGGGUUACGGUGCGCAGCCUCUGUACUCCCUGACCGCGACCUUCACCCCGUCGUCGGCUUUGAGGGACGACCACGACCACGAUCGCCCUUGGCUCGCUCCCGUCAGCGCGGACCGCCAAGUGGGCUUCCGCACCGUUGAGCUCGUCACCGACAAGUAUUCCAACCAAAAGGGCUCCUCAAUGUUCUUCCGCAUCAACGGGGUGCCCAUCUUCGCCAAGGGCGCCAACUUUGUGCCGAUGGACUCCUUUGAGAACCGCGUGAGUGAUCAGGACAUGGUGCAGCUCGUGCAGGACGCCCUCGAUGCCAACAUGAACGUACUCAGGGUGUGGGGCGGCGGAGUCUACCAGCAGGACAAGUUCUACCAGCUGUGCGACGAGAAGGGCAUCAUGGUGUGGCAAGAGUUCAUGUUCGCGUGCGCCAUGUACCCUCGCGACGAGAAAUUCCUGGCCACCACGGCCGCCGAGGUCACUCACCAGGUGGAGAGGUUGACGCACCACCCCUCAAUCAUCUUGUGGUCCGGAAGUAACGAGAACGAGGCCGCCUUCGACUGGUUUGGUGCGACGCGUACCAACCCUCGCCUCUACGUGGUCGACUAUGCCAAGCUCUACUUCGACACGAUCCGCGAGACGCUGCUCACGUUGGACGCCAGCCGGCCCUUCUGGCCUUCGUCGCCCUCCAACGGCGUCCUUGAGCAGAACCCCUUCGUCGGCAUCUGGGGCAACCCCUACGACCUGACCAUGGGCGACCUCCACUACUACAACUACGCGGCCGACUGCACCGACGUGGCCAACUUCCCCAGCCCGCGCUUUGCGUCGGAGUACGGCUACCAGUCCUUCCCCUCGUUUGAGACCUGGCGGCCCGUGACCCAGCAGGGCGAUUGGCACCCGUUCUCUGAUCUCAUGCUGCAUCGCCAGCACCACCCCGACGGCAACGCCCAGGUCCUUGCGCAAAUCCAGCACUACUUCCGCUACAACGUGACCGACUCGCUGCAGUCGUUCAAGGACUUCCUGUACCUGAGCCAGGCCACGCAGGCGCUCUGCGUCAAGGCCCAGUCGGAGCACUACCGGCGCAGCAAGGGCAUGGCGGCCAACACCAUGGGCGCCAUCUAUUGGCAGCUCAACGACAUUUGGCAGGCGCCCACGUGGAGUUCGCUGGAGUACGGAGGAAGGUGGAAGCUGCUGCACCACUACGUGAGGCACUUCUUUGCGCCGGUGCUCGUGUCGGCCUACGAACAACCCACCGACUCGCUCCAGGUCCACAUUACCAGCGAUGUCAACCAGGCGCUCUCCGGUGCUCUGUACACUCGCUUGUGGUCGUGGGACGGCGUCGGGGCGCUGGCUGAGUGGAAGACCGCCUUCUCCCUGGCUCCGCUCGCCAGCAAGCCCGUUUUGUCGGAUUCCAUCUCCUCGCUGAUCUCGGGCAAGUGUAAGCAAAGAGCCGACUGCUUCCUCACCUUCUCCGUUGUGGAUGGAUCCGGGAAUGAGGUGGCCUCCAACGUCUUCUACCUGGCCAACAUCGUCCAGAGUGCACUGCCCAAGGCCCAGAUCAGCGCGCAGGUGAGCCCCGGCAACAGCAGCCAGGAGGCCUUCGUGCAGCUCAUCUCGGACAAUGCCGCGCCGUUCGUUUAUCUGGACACCUCCUACCCCCUCAAGGGCCGCUUUGAGGACAACGGGUUCCUGUUGCUGCCGCGGACGCCCAGGAAGAUCACGUUCCACGCCACGAGCGCCGACGGGCCGAUCGACAUCGCCCGCUUCCAGCGCGAGCUGGUCGUGCGCUCCCCUGGUGACGUGUACUAA